GCAAUAAAUAAUACGCGUGCGCGCGUGUAUUACUGGUUGCCUGCUCCAUUGAUUCCAUCAGCUGAUUCUGUUUUGAGGAAAGAUUUUUUCUAAUUGAUAAUUCAACAAUGACUUCGUUAUCGAGUCUUCAUUCAUUAUAAUGACUCACAAGUGAUACGAUGUUCGUUUAUGUCAUUUCUUUUGCAUGUCUUGGAGUCUCUUUAAUCCUUUCAACAUGUCUCUCAUACUUCCUUUUUAUUCUGCUAACACUUGGGGUAGUUAUAUCGAGCCUUGGUAUAGUUAUUUGGGUCCAUGUAAAGCUGUCUUCGCGACAUAUGGCCACAGUGGGGGCGGAACACACUCUAAAAGACAUUGAGAAUUUUCGUAUCACUUUAAUGCGCGACUAUGAGUCCACAAAUACCGGCAAAACACCCCAAGCCCAUUUUAACCAGAUUUUCGGGCGCACUGUUGAUAGUUUACUGCAACAGUUGUUGGAUUUUAUCGUCCGGGAUUACAUUUUGGUGUAUUUGAAGGAAUAUGCGUACAAUUGGGAAACGCUGGGUGAAAAUAUCAGGGAGGAUUUUUGGGGGGCUAUCGAGAUCCUCCACGAGCGCUUUUCACGGGUGGACUAUGCCAAGCUCAUAGCAUGCGACAUAGUUUCAAAAAUCACCGCUCAUUUUGAGAAAAUACGCGAAGCGAAAACGGCCGUGGUUGAUAGCGACCGUCCGCCUGUUUUCGCAUUGUCGCCCCACGUCAUGUCAUCCGACAAAGAAAUGAACUACAUAAGAUCGGCAAGUGAAUUAUUCAUCAUGUUUCUCCUGCCGCGGAGUUACUCUCUCUCGCCCUCAAAAUAUUUUCUUAGGGAAAUUCUCGCGUGCAAAGUGUUCAAACCAUUCGUCGAAACCAUCACAGACCCCGAUUUUUUCAACUUGCACGUGAUUUAUUACAUCGAAGCGCAAAAAAUCGCCGCAAACGUACACGUCAAAGCGUUCGAAUAUGCCAAAAGUUUCGACGAUAUUUUGAAAAUUAUUGCGAAAACUGACGAUAUCGAUGCGCUCAAGUCGAUAAGAUACAGUCUGGUGACCAAGUUGAUGCAAGCGACCACUUUGCAGAAUUUGAAUCGGUCGAAAGGCGUCGAUUUGGAUAAUGAAAAGAGUGUUCUUGCUUCAGCCGGUGUCAAUAAGUCCGAUAUUAAUGCGGCGAAAAAAUUGAGGAAGUACAUAAAUCAGCUUACAGUGGCGAAAAAAGAGUCCGAAAAGAGGCUGGCGAGUCUUGGGUGGGAGUUGGGGUACCAGUUCAACGACGACUUUAAAAAGUCUUUGCCAAUUUCGUCAAUUUUGGAGCAUGUCCUCGGCCGGAAAUACCUGUCCCAAUUUUUGGAAACGUUGGCAAGCCAAGAUUUGGUUCGGUAUUGGAUCGCCGUCGAGGAAUUACGAACAGCCCAUCGAAAAAACUGGCAUCAAUUAGGCGCCGAAAUUUUUUAUACUUUUAUACGCAACCCAACGUCGGAGAUAAAAGUUGAUAAAAACACACGUAAACGAAUGGAAGCGUUUUUGCUAGGUGAUAAGGGACCAGAAGUAUUCUACGAAGUCCAAUCCCAAGUUGUACAAACCCUAGAAGAUAAAUAUUAUCAGCCGUUCUUAAUCAGCGAUUAUUACAAGGAAAUGAUCACAGCAAUGGAAAAAGAAGACGACAUAUCGGACAUCGAUCGUUCGCUCGAAGACCGCCAAAAUUCCGGAGAUUCGAUUUCGAGCGUCGACAGUACAAAUCUCAACGUUGGCGACCAUUCCAAUUACGCCAAACAAAAAUUAGACCAAUUAGAAGAGCGUCUCAGUAACAAAACACAAGCGUUGCAAGCACUCCGAUCGUCGCUCCGACCUGAAUCGAAAGUUUUAAGUAAAUUAGAAAAAGAGGUGGAGUGGUUACAAGGCGAGAGAAGGCAAUUAGAGGCUCAUUUGAACCGAACCGAAGUCUGGGGUGAAAAUUUGGGAAAGUGGAGGACGGUUGUACAAUCAGCCGAAGUUCCAGACGAAAGGGAACCGCUCCAGUUUGUGCUAGUGGUUCACAUGGUUGAAGAGGAGUCCAAUGAAGGAGAGGAAACCAUCAGCACAGGAUGGGUCGUGUGUCGUAGCUUAACCCAGUUUCAGGAAUUGCACCGAAAAUUAAGACCGUUGUGUUCAGAAUUACGUAACAUUGAGCUGCCCUCGAAUACGUUCAAGUUUUUGUUCGGCAAAACCGACAAAAGCUCGCUGGAGAAGGCCAAGCAACAGAUACAGAAGUAUUUAGAUUUUAUUCUGACCGACGAUAAACUGAACCAAAGCGAGGCGGUUUAUUCAUUCCUAAGCCCCAGUUCCGACCACUUGAAACAUUCCACACCAAGUCCGAAAAAAUCCCGCUUUUCAUUUUCAACACUUUUUAAAAGCGGAAGCGAACAAAGCAAGGACGGUUCUUCGGUUCUUAAAGAAAGCGAAGAGGAAGACAUUUCGCAGUGUUUAGCCCCCGAUUCAGGCGAUUCUGUCGAUUUUGUAAAAAUAAACGGCCACCACGCAAAAUUCUACGACGAUUCGAAAGACACAAUCGCCGAGCCUCUGUACGCUUUAUUAGGCGAGCUUUUCGAUAUGAGAGGCGUGUUUAAAUAUCUCCGAAAAACUUUGAUUGGGUUCGUCCAAGUGACGUACGGGCGCAAUAUCAACCGCCAGAUACACGAAACCAUUUCCUGGUGGUUUUCCGAGCAAAUGCUCCACUAUUACGUAACGCUGAUUUUGAAGAAUUUUUGGCCCGGAGGGACUUUGGCGAGUCCAAGCCCCCUCCGGACGGCCGAUGAAAAAAUAAGAACGGCACGUGAAGCACAAGUUUUAUUCGUAAAUAACGUCCCGGAGUUGCUUACAACUUUGGUUGGGACAAAUGCUGCGAAAAGCGGGGCGAGAAAGGUGUUUGAUGCGUUCCAGGAGAAGAAUAUGAACAAGCAGCUGCUUUAUGAGAUUUUUGAGGUUUUGAUGGAUGCUGCGUUCCCGGAGAUAAGUUAACGAAGUUGAAUAUCAUUUUUAAGACAAAGGAGCAUAUUUUUAGAAUUAUUUUAUCAAAAAAGACUUGAAAAAAUUGAUAUGUGGCUGUCAAUUUUUCCCAAAGUUUCCGUUAAAGUAAGUACUAAAUGAGGCACUAGAUUGUAAAUAAAUGUGACGAUUGUGUACAAUAAAUGUGGCUUAGUGAUAGAUAAAUGUGAGGAAAACAUUGUAACACUUGAUGUUGUUUAGUUAUACACAGUAUUAAUUUCUAAAGAUAACAUUACCAAAGAAAUUUAUUUAUUUUCUGUACUUUUUGUAAACAGCAUACUUAAUACAAUGUAAUUUUAUGUAAAUAAAUUAUACAAAAAUGA